AUGCUGCCCGAGCGGCAGUACCACGCCAAUGGCCGCGCCGGUGCCGUGGCCGGCCGCGAACGCUCAGCCAUGCCCGGCACACCUUCGCGCAAAGACAAGCACCGCGAGAGCUCUGCCCUGCAGGAUCCGGGCUUGAAGGACUACCGCUUAGGUGAAUGUCUCGGAAAAGGCGCCUUUGGCUCCGUCUACAAAGCCUUCAACUGGGGAAACGGCGAGGCCGUUGCCGUAAAGCAGAUAAAGCUCACGGAUCUACCGAAAAGCGAGCUGCGCAUGAUCGAGCAUGACAACAUUGUCAAGUACAUCGGCUUCGUGAAGUCGGUGGACUGUCUCAACAUCAUCUUGGAAUAUUGCGAAAAUGGAUCCCUGCAUUCCAUUUGCAAAUCCUACGGCAAGUUUCCUGAAAACCUGGUCGGUGUCUACAUGACCCAAGUUCUUCAUGGUCUGCACUACCUCCACGACCAGGGUGUCAUCCAUCGCGAUAUCAAGGGCGCCAACAUCCUGACCACCAAAGACGGCACCGUCAAGCUGGCGGAUUUCGGUGUUUCUACGAGUACCCUCGCCAGUGGGCAAGACAAGGAAGCCCAGGUCGUGGGGACUCCCUACUGGAUGGCCCCUGAGAUCAUCCAGCUCUCUGGAGCUAGCUCUUCCUCGGAUAUCUGGAGUGUUGGAUGUACCGUGAUUGAGUUGCUGCAGGGCAAACCGCCGUAUCACAACUUGGCCGCCAUGCCCGCCUUGUUCGCCAUUGUGAACGAUGACCACCCUCCUCUACCAGAGGGUAUCUCUGCUGCCGCCCGAGAUUUCCUAAUGCAAUGCUUCCAAAAAGAUCCCAAUCUCCGAGUUACCGCCCGAAAGCUACUCCGCCAUCCUUGGAUCACGGGGUGCCGUCGAGCGGAAGCGCCUGUCUCAAAAGCACCCUCUAACUUUGACAAAGCCGUGGAAGAAGUUAAACAAUGGAACAAGGCCCUCAAAUCUUCAGAAUCAUCCCUCCGCGCGUCGACCGGUUCCGAGGCUGGUCCCUCAACUCGAUUUGGAGGGACGCCUGGCAAGGCGCCUUUGACUCUUGCCAAGCCUCGGCCUGGUGCUGAAGCUUUCAGGAAACCCGAACUUGCUGAUGACGACAACUGGGACGAUGACUUCACGACGGCCAUUUCGCCCCGCGCACUCCAACUGCCGCAUCUCAAACCACAGGACAAUUUUGGUGGUUUGCUGUCUAGUGACCGCCUCAAGGCAUUCGCGUCGGUCAACGAUGGGAGGAACGACAGCUCCAACUACGAUGAGGACUUUGAGGGGGAGCUUAUGACAAUCAAGGGCCCCCACCAUUGGCAUGAUAACGACCCGCAGGAACAGACGAUUAGGCCGUUGCCCAAGAAGCCCGAGAAACCCAUGGAGCCGUCCAGGUCACAUCACCGGAACAGAUCGAGCGUGAGCAGGGCUGCAGGCCUUUCAGGUUCGGGACGGACCAAAUCACCAACGAAGUCACAUUUUGGCAACCGAUUCGAGCUGCCGCCGAGGCCCGAUGUGGUAUUCCGAGAACAGAGUAUAGAGGACUUUUCAGACCUCUUUGUGGACAACGACAGUGUGUUUAAUCACGGAGUGAACCAGGCAGUCAAGAAGGGCUCACGACAGAGCGAUGCUCCACAACUCUUCCACCCCUCAGACCUCACCACUCUGCCUAGAUCGAUGCAAGAUCCCAUAGCGGGAAGCAUAAAAAAGACACUCGCGUCAAGGCCAACCGUGCUUCCGGAUCGUCCCAUGAGACGCACUCGCUCCUCGAUAGAGAUCCAGAAGUUUGCCGAGGAUGAUGACGAGGAUUUCAGUGACAUCUUUGGACCCGAAGCCCCGAUUGCAGAAGUGGAGGAGAGCGAGCGAGGAUCCGAGGAUGGCGGGCUGAUGCUCUUAUCUAGAGUGUCCAGUAACUCAUGGCUGGGGGAUGACGAAGACGAAGACGACCCGUUUGCAUCAAUGGACCCUGGAUGGGACGAGAUGGAUCUAGAAGCCAACAUUGCCAGAGACAGGCACGCCAGGUUAGCAGAGAAGGUAGAGGGCUUGGUAAGAUCUUUGAAGACGACGGAAGGUGAGGACGCACUGGCAGAGUUCUCUGAAGACCUACUUGCCCUGCUAUGGGAGAACAACGAGGUGAAGAACCUCAUCAUCAGCGCUCAUGGAUUACUACCCAUCCUGGAGAUCUUGGAGCCCUGCACGGUGAAAAGCCGGCAAUACACGAUAUUGCAGCUGCUCAAAGUAGUCAACGCGAUUAUCCUUGACGAUGUCGAAAUCCAAGAGAACCUGUGCUUCGUUGGUGGUAUCCCCAUCAUUACCAAAUUUGCAGCCCGGCAGUACUCGGACGAGAUUCGUCUAGAAGCAGCGGCUUUUGUGCGCCAGAUGUAUCAGACGUCGACUCUGACACUGCAGAUGUUCGUCUCCGCCGGUGGUCUCAACGUGCUCGUCGAAUUUCUUGACGAAGACUACGACAACGCCAGAGACUUGGUUCUCAUUGGCGUCAACGGUAUUUGGAACGUCUUCGAACUUCAGGGCCCGACGCCCAAGAACGACUUUUGCAGAAUCUUCUCACGCAGCAAGAUCUUAUACCCGUUGGCGUUGGUGCUGCACAGAGUUCUCGAUGAAGAAGGCGAAGAUGAGCUGGACGAACUCAUCGAAGGGCGAAUCGUCAACAUAUUCUACCUCUUCAGCCAGGCAGAGAACUACGUCAAGGAGGUGGUGGCGGACCGACAGGUGCUGAAGAGUGUUCUGAAGGACCUACGGCGGAUGACUGCCGUUCACCAAAUCACGAUGCUCAAGUUCAUCAAGAACCUCUCGAUGCUUUCUACAACUAUCGAAUCCCUCCACUCCGCCGACGCCAUCGAAUUCCUCAUCGACCUCCUCAGUUACAGCAUGAAGAAGGGUCAAACGCAUUUCCGGGAAAUCUCCAACCAAGUCCUCAACACCCUCUUCAACCUCUGCCGUCUCAGCAAGGAGCGCCAAGAGGAUGCUGCCGUGGGCGGUAUCAUCCCGCUGUUGCUCCGCAUCAUGCGGACAGACCGGCCACCGAAGGAGUUUGCGCUACCGAUCCUGUGCGAUAUGGCGCAUUCCGGAUCUAAGGGUCGCAGAUAUCUGUGGCAGAACAAGGGCCUUGACUUCUACGUCUCGCUCUUGACGGACCAGUACUGGCAGGUGACGGCGUUGGAUGCAAUCCUGAUCUGGUUGCAGGAAGAGACGGCCAACGUGGAGAGCCACCUCGUGGACGGCCACUUCACCCGCGCCAUCGUCAGCUGCUUCAAUACCAAUAAGCUCAACUCGUUCGACUCGAACCUUCUAGAGCCCCUGCUCAAGCUGCUGCGCCUGAGCCCGUCGGUCGCGGCAUCGCUGGCGAAGCCCGAGAUGUUUGGGGGCAUUUCCCAAAGACUGGGACACAAGAAGGCCGUGGUGCGCCUGAACUUGCUCAGGCUGGUGAGGACCAUCAUGGAUGCGUGCGAGCCAGGGCUCGGAAGCGGCGAUGGAACCAGGUCGCUCAACAGCUCCCAGGUUCGUUCUCUCAUGGACGCCAUCCAGACGCUAUCGGAGAAUGAUUCGGCCGUUCUGGUACGGAACCUGGCUUCGGAGCUGGUCAGGUCCAGCGUCGAAGGAAGCGCAAGACCGCACGAGGUCGUCCCCAGUGUACCGAGCUCGACCUCUUCGCGGCGUUCGGGCUCACGACGCAAUACCAGUUAUACGCCACCGGGCCUACACACGUCCGCGUCCGUCCCGCAGACGCCGACGCAUCGGAGCCGAGCCAGCCUCGCAGGAAACGCAUACAUCGAGGUUGCGGCCAGCCCACGCCGGUCAGCCGCUCUGGAGCGAGAGCGGGAAGGCAUCCUCUACCGGCCCCGAAGCCGAGAUGGACCGACCGGCAUCCCGCGACGCGUCAGCGGAGAGUCCAUGUCGCUGGGCAACGCUGGAGGCAAAAGCCGCCUCCCCCGGACGUCGAUGGCUGGUCCAGGCAGUGCCAGGAUGGACAGAGGCGGUGGCAUCGCCCGGUCUGACUCGCCCAUGGUUGUCCGCAGCGACAGCAGCCUGAGUAAUAAGGAGAACGUCGUCCGCGCAUCAGCCAGCCGCGACGGUCUCAGGAGCCGCGAUGGGCUGAGUAGCAGAGACGGGCUGAGCAGCAGAGACGGGCUAAGCAGCAGAGACGGCAGCGGCGCGCCCCCAAGCCUGGGUCUGUCCGGUAUGACGGCGGCCGGCGUCGGCGUCCACGUCACCAGCAAGAGGCGAAGUCGGGCGCCGAGCGAUGUCAAGUGGUCAUGA